AUUCCUAGCACCUCAUGGACGAUUCAGCAACACGAAAGGAUGUCAAAUCCAAUCGGUCUAUCCUCCAAACUGUCGUGAUCAACCCCGUCAAUCUCAAGUGUUCCAGUCUGCCCAUUUUGACACUGAAUAAUCAAUAUUCUCGUAAUUUCCAUCUGUCAUGGCUAGGGUUCUUUGUAGCAUUUCUUUCCUGGUUCGCAUUUUCUCCGCUUAUCCCUGACGCUAUAUCCGGCGAUCUUCAUUUGACGUCCCAGCAAAUUGGCAAUUCCAAUGUCAUAUCGCUAUGUGCCACUCUAGUGGUACGGCUCAUUGUAGGGCCGCUUGUGGAUAAAUAUGGUCCUCGGAAGGCAAUGGCAACGUUACUUAUAAUUGGAGCGAUACCAUCCGGCCUUGCUGGCACAAUAACCGACGCCCAAGGGCUGUAUAUUGUGCGCUUCUUCAUUGGCAUUCUUGGGGCCACUUUCGUGACCUGUCAAGCAUGGACUACAGCAUUCUUCGACAAAAAUGUUGUGGGCACAGCUAAUGCGUUAGCUGGAGGGUGGGGAAAUUCCGGUGGUGGCUUCACGUUCAUCAUAAUGAUCGCUCUCUUCAACCGUUUACUUGCGGAUGGUCUCAGCAUUCACGUAGCUUGGCGAGCUGCAUUUGCUAUAGUGCCUGUCCCCGUACUGCUUUUCGUAGCUGUUUUGACUUUACUAGUCGGCACAGAUCAUCCAGCAGGUCGAUGGAGCGAUCGCCACAAGAUUUCUCGUGCAAAUAUUGACCCAAAUAGCGACGAUGAAUUCCAAAAUGUAAAAGAACAGAUGAAAGCCGAAGUUGACGUCGAAAAAAAACCGGAUGAAGAAGAGUCCGCAGUCGGUGUCACCGUUGCUCCAGUCGACAGCGAGCAGGAUCCCAAGAUAAAUUCAGAGCUGGAUAUAGCUGUGAACAAGCCCCUUACUGUUGAUAUCGUGUCCUCAGUCGUUACCAACCCCCUCACUUGGCUCCCAGCACUCGCAUACAUGACGACUUUUGGCUUUGAACUUUGCAUGGACGCCAACUUGGCCAAUGUAUUAUAUUCACUGUACAAAUCGCCAACAUUUGGACAAACAAAAGCUGGCUAUAUUGCUGGCAUCUACGGCCUUCUGAAUGUUGUCAUGCGACCAUUAGGUGGUUUUCUGGGGGACCGAAUGUAUCUUAGGUUUGGUGUCACGGGGAAGAAAUACCUCAUGCUCGCCUGUGGCCUAUUCCAGGGACUCAUUUCUCUCGGCCUUGGCCUGUACAUGGACAGCCAGGAACACCCUUCUUUGAUCGUAAUAGUUGUCAUGUUUGUGAUUAUUGCUGCCUUUGGCGAGGCAGGUAAUGGAGCAAAUUUCUCGCUGGUGCCGCAUUGUAACCCGCACUCGAAUGGCUUCAUGAGCGGAAUUGUCGGCGCGACAGGAAACCUUGGAGGUGUUCUCUUCGCAAUGAUCUUUCGACUUCAGCCUUCUCCUUCUGGAAAGGCGUUCUGGAUCUCAGGAAUCUUGACAAUUGUCAUCAAUUUACUCCUCGUUCCUAUCCGUGUUCCAUUCAUGUAAAACUGGCACUUUCUCGUUUUUCUCGACCCUUGUUAGGUACUUGUUGCAUAGCACGACUUGUAGAUGUAGUACUUGAAGUUAUAACCCAAAAUGUAUCACUACUGAAUUUUGCACCUUAACACUGCACGACCGGCGUAAGGUUUCCAAUCAUCUGGAAUAUAUUACAAGGCCGGGUGACGUCAGGACGGUUCGUUGAUAUGGGCCUUAUCGUCCAACGCUGUUCCUUCUCCUUAUCUCCCGCUACUCUCGAAAAGAAUCCAUGCCGUACCUUGUCUUAUCUACACCUUCGGGUGAUCUCAAGAAGUUUUUCUUUCUCAG